AUGGCUCUUGCUGUGUGGGACGCCCGCUACUUUGGAGUUCCCUUUGAGUUCUUACGGGGUUCCGAGAGUGAGUGUGCAUGCAGCCCAUGGGGGAUUUCCGGUUGGUGGUUCCUGGAGGAGCCGCGACAAACUCUCCACUCAACAACCAACACCAUGUGUGACAGCUACUAUGGAAACUACUAUGGCGGCCGUGGCUAUGGAUGCUGUGGCUAUGGAGGCCUGGGCUAUGGCUAUGGAGGCAUGGGCUAUGGCUAUGGAGGCCUGAGCUGUGGCUAUGGCUGUGGCUUCCGCAGACUGGGCUGUGGCUAUGGCUGUGGCUAUGGAUAUGGCUCCCGGUCCCUCUGUGGCUGUGGUUAUGGAUGUGGCUCUGGCUAUGGCUCUGGCUUUGGAUACUACUAA